CCAGUUGAAUUGAAUAGAAUAGAGAGAUGGGGUGGAAAGGGAUUCUGGGUUUUGAGUAUGGAAUAGUUCAAGCACCAUUGGGACCUGAUAUUGCUGGUCCGGAGCUAGUUGCCGCUGUUGCUAACGCUGGUGGCGUUGGCCUUCUCAGAGCUCCUGAUUGGGAAUCACCUGAAUAUGUAAAGGAGCUGAUAAGGAAGACUCGAAAGUUAACCCACAAACCCUUUGGGGUUGGUGUCAUUUUGGCAUUUCCUCACAAGGAAAAUAUAAAGGCUAUACUUGAAGAAAAGGUAGCAGUUUUGCAAUUGUAUUGGGGCGAAUGCUCAAAGGAGCUUGCAAUAGAAGCUCAUAAUGCUGGGGUCAAGGUUGUUCCCCAAGUGAGUAUCAUUUGUCCCUCUCUUAUUUCAUGGGUUGGGAGUUUUGAGGAAGCGAAAAAAGCAAUUAACGUGGGAGUAGAUGCAAUCAUCGUCCAAGGCCGUGAAGCAGGAGGGCAUGUAAUUGGACAGGAUGCUCUCAUUUCCUUAUUGCCACGAGUAGUUGAUCUUGUUGGUGAUCGCGAUAUUUCUGUUAUUGCUGCCGGGGCCAUUGUAGAUGCUCGUGGCUACGUUGCUGCAUUGGCUCUUGGUGCUAAAGGCAUUUGCAUGGGCACAAGUUUUUGCAGGUUUCUCGCAACUCAUGAAAGCUAUGCUCACUCCACGUACAAGCAGAAACUGAUUGAACUUGAUAAAACCGAGUACACAGAUGUGUUUGGCAGAGCAAGGUGGCCCGGUGCACCACACCGUGUCCUGCAAACACCCUUCUUCUGUGAUUGGAAAUCCCUUCCUGCUCAAGAAAAUGAAUCUAAUCAGCCUAUCAUCGGCCGGUCAGUAAUACAUGGCGUGGAAAGAGAAAUUCGACGGUUUGCCGGUACAGUUCCAAAUCCGACAACAACAGGUGACAUUGAAAGCAUGGUGAUGUAUGCAGGCCAAAGUGUAGGGCUCAUCAAGGAAAUUAUUCCUGCCGCUGAAGUUGUGAAGAGGGUCGUUGAAGGUGCAAAACUUCUCAUCCACCAAACAUUCAGUCUGGACUCGGUCUAAAAUUGAUCAUGAACUAAGAGUCCAAGUUCAUGUGAAUGUUGUACCAAUGUCGCUGAAGUUAUUGCAGCAGCUUAAAGUUGUAUCAUGUGGACUCUUGACAUAUAUGUAAAAUACUAAAAUAAGUCUCUGGAAAAUAAAAUAUCAUAAUAAAAACAUAAAAA